GUCGCACCAUACUUUUUCAGGUGAAACUUGCUCGAAGAAUGGUGUUCAAGGAACAUGCAAAUUGCUGCAUAAUUGUCAAUCUGCAAUAAUGGACAUGAGAAGGGGAUUACCGCCGCAGAUAUGUUCGUAUUUGGGAAUGGAUACAGUUGUGUGUUGUGUGGAGUCUUUUACACCUAUAACAUCUACUAGACCAUACACGCUCACUACCAUUAGAACGAUAAAGAAGCCGACCCCAGUGAUACCAACUUACGACUACGUCAUCAACGACCGCUUCGCUAAUAACGAGGCGACCUGCGAGCCAAUUGAUCCUUCGCUCACUUCGCCAAAAACUGGACAAAAAGCAUGGGACAAGUGCAUAGAAUACCAGGAGAAGCUGGUAUAUCCUUGCAAAAAGACCAACACAUUAUCUGCAGACAUUAACGGCGUGGGGCAGGCGCGAGUCUCCAACUGCAACCAUGAUGCUGACCAGCUCAUCGUUGGUGGUAUGAACGCCAGCAGCGGCGAGUUCCCACAUAUGGCAUUACUCGGCUACGAACAGGGUAAAGACAUAUUAUGGUCUUGCGGAGGUUCUGUUAUAAGUGAAAGAUAUAUUCUGACUGCGGGACAUUGCACGUAUAGUGUUGGCGUAGGUCGCGUGAAGUAUGCUCUAGUUGGUAUACUCAGCAGGUCUGAGAUAACUGAAGGUUCACAAAGAUACGACCUGGAGAUGUCCAUCAGACAUCCAGAUUACAAACCACCCUCAAAAUAUCAUGAUAUUGCAUUAUUGAAGACCAAAACUGAGAUAGUUCUAAGUAGUAGAGUAGUGCCGGCCUGUCUUCAUGUAGACAUGAGCGCUGAUGAUGCGCGCGCGCUGGCCUCUGGCUGGGGAUUUACUAAAUAUAGGGGGACUACUUCUGAUGUAUUGCAGAAGGUAAUUCUUGAGAAAUUCUCUGAUGAAGAAUGUUUGAAAAAGUAUCCAGGUAACAGAUACUUGAGGAAUGGAUUCGAUCCAACAACUCAGAUCUGUUACGGAGACCAUGAUGAGUCUAAGGAUACUUGUCAGGGUGACAGUGGUGGACCUUUACAACUGAAGAGUAAGAAACUAAAGUGUAUGUAUGUACUAGUGGGGGUGACUUCCUUCGGUUCUGGAUGUGGGUUUAUUGGACAGCCAGGAGUUUACACAAAGGUCAUAUCUUAUCUGUCCUGGAUUGAAGCUAUCGUGUGGCCAAAUUGAUAAU